UGUGAACUUCAGAGUAGGUGAGCACCCGAACGUCAAUUCAGUAGCAUAAAUUGGUUGAAACAUUAUUACAAAAAUGUUCUCAAGAGCCGCACUCCUUACAGCCCAGCGCCCAUUGACUUUGGUAGCUAGCCGUACGGCAGCUGCUGCCGCUGCUCAGCCAGCGGGCGGAGCUGUUGAGCGCCGUCAGCGUCCCGAACAUCCCGGCAAGGUGCGUUUGGGCUUUAUUCCAGAGGAAUGGUUCCAGUUCUUUUAUAACAAGACUGGUGUCACCGGCCCCUACACAUUUGGCGUGGGUUUGAUCACCUAUCUCUGCUCCAAGGAAAUCUACGUCAUGGAGCACGAAUACUACAGCGGUCUGUCGCUUGGUAUCAUGGCUAUUAUUGCUGUAAAGAAACUGGGUCCCCUUAUCGCCAAAUGGGCUGAUGGUGAAAUCGACAAAAUUGAAGCCGAAUGGAAGGAGGGUCGUGAGGCUGAGCUCAAGGUUCUCGCCGAUGCCAUUGAAGCCGAGAAGAAGGAGCAAUGGCGCGCUGAUGGUGCCCUCUUGUUGAUGGAAGCCAAGAAGGAGAACAUUGCCCUCCAGCUUGAGGCUGCAUUCCGUGAACGUACCAUGAACGUCUACUCUGAGGUCAAGCGCCGCUUGGAUUACCAGGUUGAGUGCCGUCAUGUUGAGCGUCGUCUCAGCCAGAAGCAUAUGGUCAACUGGAUUGUGUCCAGCGUGCUGUCCAGCAUCUCGCCCCAGCAGGAGAAGGAGACGCUGAACAAGUGCAUUGGUGACUUGACUGCUUUGGCUCUCCGUGUCAAGAGCGCCUAAACGACUCGACUUUUAGUUUGUUAAUUUGUAAAAUUAUACAGAAAUGCGAGACGCAGCAACACAAAUCGGAAAUGUACCACAAAAUGUA